CGUCAACUUCCCGUCCGUUUGAGCGUUAGUUAACUUUGACGUGGUAAGUUAUUUGUACACGUAUACUGAAUUUAGUUGAUGUGGCAACUAAUAAAAAUUAGGGAUUUGAAUUAAAUUAAAAGGGGAGAAGGAAAGUUUCCUUUGCUCUCCCUCUUUCGAAACCCCUCCCUUUGUUGGCGAAACCCAGCCCCGUCCCCGUCGACCACCACAGACCUAGAUCCAGCCCAGUCACCGCGAAACCCAGCCUCGUCCCCUCUUGUGACCAGCGCGAACGCCGCCUUCUUCCCUCGUCAUGGCGAGCGUGGUCUAAUCGUGUUAUCCCAGGCCGGAUCUUUGGCGAAGUAGACAACGUAGCUUUGGCGAAGAAGACAACAUCUUUGGCGAAAUACAUCGGGACCAUGUCUGCGAGGGACGGUUCUUCAUCUUCGGCCAACACGUAUCACGAUUCAAGACCCAUAUGCCACCAUUGUCCAUGUAUUUUACAAGUUUCUGGUACCGAUAAGAAUCCGGGAAGAAAGUUCUACUGUUGCCGAUACUGGAAGGAUUCGAAUGCAAAGUGCAAGUUCUUCGUGUGGGUUGAUGAGUACAAGCCCAAAGUUUGGAAGGAAUCAGAAGAUGAGUUGAAGAACAAACUAAUCGAAAUGGAUGAGAGCUGUAGGGUUGCUAGAAUGGAGGCAGAAAGAAGGAAAAAGGCUAAAAAUUUGCUAUUAGAAGAGUUGAUCAGUACUAAGGAGGAUCACGCAAGAAUGGAAACCGAGCUGAGAAACUUGCGCAAUAUGUUUGCUGUUCUUGAUAGCAGGAUUAAGAUGUGAUGCUCUGUUUUGUAGUUGUUAUGGCUUGUGUUGUAAUUUCAUGGUUUCGGUGAGUGAUUGUGUACUGUUUAGUGGUGAAGAAGUGUGACUAUGUAUCAACACUGAGAUCCUGUUUGAAUUUGCAACAAAGUUACGCUUGUUUUAAACUUGCCACUGUCAAUUCUGCAUACCAUCUUUACAUUAACAUAUUUGUCAAGUGUGCAAAAUAUCCUUCAUCUUGUAUGUAUGCUUAACAUUUAGAUUAAGAAGCAGAACGAUGUUGGUCUAACUAUGACGUGAACCUGUACAAAAUGCAAAAGUAGGUAGAAAAGGCCAAUCAAACUACAUUGGCUCCCUUCCCCACAAGCUCAACUUCAUCUUUGCUGCUUCACAUUCACAUCAAGAAGCAGAAAAGUGCAAUCUACAACUAAUACGUCUAAGUUGGCUAUUGUUAUACUUAUAAACGUCUACUACAUCACUCUGAGGCUGAGUUGUUGGUCCCUGCGUCGCGUAAAUCUCAGUUGGUUGGGUACCGACAAGGUCUGCAGAAGUACCAAUGCCACGAUUCUCCACCCUCGGGAACUGAAAUUGGACAACAAAUAUUAUCACUUGCUAUACCAACUAGUUACAGUUUAGAUAGAAUAAUGGAACAACAAGACUAAUCGAAGCCACAUUCACAUAUAUGGACAUACUGGUUCCCUGUGUCAGGAUUUGUAUAUAUACCAAUGCCACCUAAAGCAGUUCUGACUUCCCUGGCAACUAGGUUUUGAUCCCAAACCUCAAUUCUGGCAUGCUAGACAACCAAAACCAAUCUCAUAUUUUUCACAAGAAUAUAUAGUCAUGCAAAGAGAUUGUGCUAAGCUAAAAUGAACUUGCUUGAAUCCCCUGGUUCAGUGGACACUUUCUAGCAUUAUGUCCUGGUUGCUUACAUUUAGAACAAUGGAUCGCCCUCUAUGGAAUGUAGUAUAGUUAGGUAAUGUCGAUCUAAUAUAUAGUUUAAAACAAUGAGUAGGAAAUUAAAAACUUACCUUUGGUCUGUUUGCAUCCACUUGAGAGUUCAUUGGGUUGCCUCUCCCUCCUUGAUUCCUCCCACCUUGCUGCCCCCUGCCUCUCCCUCGUGUUCCCCUACCACGAGUAGCAUUUUCCAAAACUGGUUUAGUCGGGAUAAAGGCUGGGUUUGGACACUUUCUUGCAUUAUGUCCCGUUCCUCGACACUUGGACCAAUGCAUCACCAUUCAUUCUCUCACAAUAGACACACCCAAACCAUUCAUAUGUAUUCGAGGCUCGAGUUCAGCAGCUUCUUUUCUCCUUUUUUUCUUAGGCCUCCCUGGCAUUGCCCUUUGAAUCGGAGGGUAAAUAGGAAAUCCCUCAGCAUUAGGCCAAGUAUGUGGCCCUCCCAUACAUGGCAGUCCAGAUUCAUAAACCUUCUAGCCGUAUAAAAAAGGUAGCACUCAUUCACAAAAUCUUCAACGUUAAGUCUCAUCAAGGCCAAAGCUGAUUGUGCAUGGCAGCAAGGUAUUCCGGAUAGCUGUCAAGCCCCACAAGAACAAGUAAUGCCUUCCAAAUCAACUACAUAAGUUGCUGCCACAAUAUGGACUUCAACCUUGUCAUUCGAGCUAGCACGUGCCUAGCAUUUUCUUGCCUUCACAUCCUCCUCAGCUAAGAUGGAUCUUGCCUGUGGACAAAACAAGGUUCGCAGCUUCUCAUACUGUCGCUGCUUCUUCCUCAUUUUAACCAUCAUAUAACCUCUAAUACCUUCCAUCAUUGCAAUAAUUCUCUGCUCCUGAUGAUUUAAAAUGACAUUGUUCCAACUCUCACAUAUGUUACUUUCAACAGAGUCUGAUUUUGGGACUCUGGAGAUAAAAGCACGGUAGAAGGUUGUUGGGUCUUGGUCCAUGAAGUCCUUAUAUGGCUUUUCAGAUGUACCUGCCUCCUUUUCAUAGCUUUCCAUUUCAUAGGUGACUGCUUUAAAAUCAACCUCAUUACAUGCA